GAGGAGGGACGGAAGAGAGGGUGGCGACCCGGAAAAGGCGGGAUCCGGGGCUGGAAGGGAUGGACUACCGAAGCAGUAUAAAAGCCGGGUGGGAGUCGGGUGGUACUAGCAGCCUUUGGAACGGCUCCCUUGUGCUCCGCUGCUGUUCCAGCGCCGCUUCUGAGCCAACAAUGGCGAGAUCUAGGCGCAUCCCGUUACUCCUGCUGGCAGCCUUGGCCGUGGCCCUGACCGUGAGUCCAGCGGCCGGCGCCAACCCCGGGCGCCCUCCGCGGCUGCUGGGCGGCCUGGAGGACGCCGACGUCAACGAGGAGGGCGUCCGCCGCGCGCUGGACUUCGCGCUCAGCGAGUACAACAAAGCCAGCAACGACGCUUACCACAGCCGAGCCCUGCAGGUGGUGCGCGCCCGCAAGCAGAUCGUGUCUGGGGUGAACUACUUCUUGGAUGUGGAGAUAGGGCGAACCACAUGUACCAAGUCCCAGGCCCACUUGGCCGACUGUCCCUUCCAUGAAGAGCCGCAUCUGAAGAGGAAAGCACUGUGCUCUUUCCAGAUAUACACUGUGCCCUGGCUGGGCACAAUCUCCAUGACGAAAUCCAGCUGUCAGAAUGCCUAAGGGUCUGUGCCAGGCUGGACCGCACUGAACACCCCUUACUUCUGUCCCAUGUAAUGCUCCUCUCCCUCAGAUGUGUCCCCCAGCCCUAGGAGAAGUCUCAGUGUGCUAGCACCAGCAGAUCAGUAGAGAAGACAUCCGUGGGCAGGUGUUGAACACCUGAGUGGCUCUCCCCUUGUUCCUUCCUUCUCAUUGCUUUUCAGACACACCGGUGCUUGGUGCACUUAGUCUGCUUCUACCUUGCUCAAUAAAGAUGUGAUAUCAGUUCCUCCUGA